AUGCUCGACCAGGUGCAGGAGGAUGGUUUUGGUUGGACGAAUGGGGUCGUACUCGACCUGCUCACAACGUAUAACGAUCGUAUGUCUGUGCUCGGCCCUGGUCUCGAUGAUAAAUACUCGCCGUUCAGACCACAAACGGAUUUCUAUUUCCGUGAUGAACCCUAUCAUUCAGAUUCGCGAUCGUCAAGGAGUGCUCUCAACGGAGCAUCUCAACAACUCAACGAUCUCCGAUCAUUCACUGUUUUUGUGCUUUCAAUUUUAGUCGCGUCGAUAUUUCUGUAA